AUUUGAUAAAGCUACUUGGGUGAAGUUUGUAGGCUACACAAACAGAGUUAGCAAGUUUGCUGCCUUCAUUGUCCGAAUGUGUGAAUACCUGCGGAGUCUGAUUAUAAAUACACACGUCACAUUCCGUCUGUUUCUGGAGAACUAAAAAUGGCGACUGCAUCAAGAGAUAAGAAAUUCACAUUGGUCUCCAUCAGCGGUGAGGUGGAGGUCCACCCUGGCGAUGACAUCACACUGCCCUGUCAGCUCUCUCCCGAGGCCAGCGCUGUUGCCAUGGAGAUCCGGUGGUUUAAGGGGACAGAAUGCAUCUACCUGUAUAGGAAACCGUACGAGCAUGUGCAGAAGGGCUUCAAGGGCAGACUGGUCAGCAAGAAGCGGAGUAAAGGAGACGUGUCUCUGACCCUGAAGAGCAACACAUGGGGAGACGCAGGACAGUACACAUGCCAGGUCAUCCAUGGAGAAGAGAAGGAGGAACAGACUGUGUCACUGCAGUAUGAUGAUGAAGGAGAGACAGGAGUCAUGUGCCCUGACCUUCGGAAGAUAACUGAUAGACACGAGAAGCAAAUGGAGGAAUCUGUCCAAGCGCUUGAGGAAGUAAGCAGGCAGAUGCAUCAGGCACAGUUGAUCCAGGAGACCCAGAGGGCUAAGCAAGGGACCAAGCAAAGCAAGAAGAGUGCUAAAGCUCUUGCAUACCAGAGGCCAGAGGGAAGGGGGAAAAAGCCGAUCAGUGAAGAGAAGCUGAGACUUGACUAUGAGGCAGGAAGACGGAGAGAGGCAGAGAGAAAAUUGACAGAGUUGAAAGAACGGGAGAAAGAGCGAAGAGGGCAGAGACAGAAACGACCGAACAACAUAACCAGCCUCUUACGACAGGUGCUCACUCUGGAAACUGAACUAGAGAUGAGGAACAGUGAACUACAGAGGCUGAGGACCCAACUGCAGGACAAGGAGAGGGAGCUUAUGGAGAGAGGAGACAGAAAUAAACAACCGGAGAGACACAAACAGCGGGAGAAGAGAGAACAUCUGAAUGUGGGAGGAGAGAGUCCUGGUCCAGCUCCCCCAGUGUCUCCUGCUGUGUCUGAUCUGAGGCUGGUGCUGCUGGGGGGGAGUGCAGCUGGGAAGAGGGCAGCAGGAAACACCAUCCUGGGCACACACACACUCACACACACAUCCACAGAGACCCAGCACAGUGAGAGCAGACAGGGGGAGGUGGCUGGGAGACGGGUGACCGUGGUGGACACUCCAGACUGGUUCUGCAGUGGACUCUCUGAGAAGGACAUGAGACAGGACGUGGGGCUUUGUGUCCGUCUGUCUUCCCCAGGACCUCACGCCUUCCUCCUGGUGAUUCCAGCGGAGUUGUCUGAAGGGGAGGAGAGGAAGAUGCUGGAGAAAAUGGAGGAUAUUUUUGGGGAGGGCUGUUGGGAACACACACUGAUCCUCUUCACCCAUGCUGAUGGGCUGAGAGAGAGGAGUGUGGAGGAGUUGCUCCAGACAGGGAGCCAGGAGCUCCAGCAGCUGGUAGAGAAAUGUGGGAACAGGUGUCACCUUCUCAACAUUAAGGACACACCUGAGGAGACACAGAUCACACAGCUGCUAGAGAAGAUAGAAGACAUGGUGUCAGGAAACAGAGAGAGAUUCUACAGCAGUGAGACCUACCAGGAAGCAGAGAAACAGCUCAGAGAGAUCAAGAGAAGGAUACAGAAAGAGCGAAAGGUGGAUGAGUGGAAAUAUACAGAGGAGAGAGAGAGAAAAGUUGAACUUACUAAAAUGGUUCAGAAGUUUCUGAAGAAGAUGGACAAAGAGAUUCAGAGGCAUAAAAGAGAAAUUAGAAGGGUACAUGAUAAACAAACUGAGCUAGAGAAAAAGAUAAAAGAAGCAAAUUAUGAGAAGCAAAGAGGAAUGAUGGAGUGUGAGUUACAGAGAGAGAUUGCACUGAAGGAGAAGAUGGAGACAGAUCUGAAUGAAAUGAAAGAAAAAAAGGAAAAAGAGUUGAGGGAGAUGGAGGAGAUGAGAGAGAGCUUUGAGAGAGAGGCCAGGGCUGAAGCAGAGAGAAACCUCAUGAAUAUCAUUUUCUUUGAACUACAGAGAAAGAUCAGCUUCAACAAGGAGAAAAUGGAGACAGAGUUCAACAGGAAGAUGGAGGAGAAAAAGAGAGAGCUAGAUGAGAUAAAACAACAGAUGGAGGAGAAGAGUCGAGAAUUUCAAAUCAUUCUUCAGGAACUAAGAGAAAAAGAGAAGGCUGAUGAUGAGCCGACACUCAGGCAAUGUGAUGGAGACAAACAUAUGGAGGUAGCGCUACUCCUACAAGACCGAACAGAGAAGGACAGAGAGAUAGAGAGAAUGAAAGAGAUACUGAAAGAGAAAGACAGAGAGAUAGAGAGGAUGAAAGAGAUGUUAAAAGAGAACGACUUGAAGGUAAUGUAGGACAGAAUGAGCAUCUGCAACAUCUGGUCACAGUGAAGAUGAACAGAGAGACAGAUGCGUUGAGAUCAGCAGUUAGUAGUUUUAAUGACACACUCUCUACUGAAGGACAUAAACAAGAAUGAUUGAUGAAGCAGAAGAUGAGAUCAUUAUAUAGAUGGAUUAUUCUUUUGUUCCAAAUGAACUCAUAACAUAUUUCAGACAUGCAGUAAUGACAAAAUGAAAGCUUGUUUUGUUUUCUCUUGACAGUGUCAGUACCUCUGUCUAUAUAUAGCGUAUGUAUUGUAUCUGAAAAUAUGUAAGGCAAGACAAGGCUUCUUUUGAUAUUCAUGUAUUUUCCUUUUUAACUGUCUGUUUUAGUGAAAUAGAUGGAUCCCAUGUUAGAUGGAAAUGUAGUCUGUUCAUUUGUUGCUGUAAUAUGGCAGUAAUAUUCCAAUGUCAUAUUAUAUCAUUGAAAUGUAAAUUUCAGCAUAUAUUUUAAGAUACAUGUGAUGUUUGAUUUUUCAUUGAAAGGGAAAGGACUUGUGGGAUUAUUGUGACUUAUUUCUAAUAUAACUUUUAACAAUUCUAAUUUAACAUUUUGGACAUAACCUUUGAAAUUACACAAUUUCAUUGCAUACAAUUAUUGCACACCAGAGGAAGUCCAGCAGGAUUACGCUGAGCAUGUUAGGACUAAACAUGGUGAAGCAGCGUGGCUAGUUGCUAUGUGGUUCAGCUCUGGAGACAACUGUUGGAUGACCUAAAAG